AUGAGCUCAAGCCCGAACUUCAGCCCACCCCCAGACAUACGCAAAUCUGUGAAGAUGCUUUACCCUAUUCUGGCCGAGUUCCGUGAACAUAUGGGACUAGUAUCGGCGGAUAAUUUCCGCCGAGCCUUCCAUGAUUGGAUUGACUCUGUUGUAGAAAAACAGUCGUGUCAAAUUGGCAAAAUUCUAGAUCCGUGGGAUUAUUUCCGGCUCCGGACUGUCAAUGUUGGAAUUAUUCCAACCGCUGUCUUGCAAGAAUAUGCCCUUGGUUACGAACUGCCACGGUGGGUUCACGAGCACGAUGCAAUUAAGGUCAUCUCCCAGGAGUGUGCAAAUUUAGGUGGCUUGGUGAAUGACAUCCUGUCGUUACAGAAGGAAUUUUGUGACGAACAAGUCGAAAAUAUUGUGCUGUUGUUUGCGUAUCACUAUGAUCUUAACAUUGAAAGCGCCAUUAGGAAAGUUUUCGAAACUAUCCAAGAGCGCUUUGCACUUUGCACAGCAGCCGAAGCCAGCCUGCCAAUUCCCUCUGGAGAUGCUAAACUCGACGCAGAUAUACUGAAGUAUGUUGAGGGUUGUAAGGAUGUUGUUGUUGGUACGGUGUAUUGGGCGUAA